GGGUUGUCGGAAGUCAGGUAUUAAUCAGGGCUGAAAGAACUCUCUGAAGACGCUCUGGUAAGCAUGAACUGAACUGAAAUGGUAGAAGUGCACUGAAACGAAUUCGAGCGCUUCGGUCUUUGGUCUGAAUGAUUCACCACACCCGUGAAAGCAGCGAGUCUUCCAGACUUUCGUUUCCCUGCCAUGACCUCAGAAGAGAGAGCACCAGAGGAACUGGAGUCAGACGUCCUUCUGGAGAAUGGAGAAGUGUAUCGCAAUCCCACCGAGGUGAAGAUGAGCCAGAUUGUUCUGCCUUGUCAUGCCAACCACUGUAAUGAACUGAGUGUGGGCCAGCUGCUGAAGUGGAUGGACUCAACAGCGUGUCUGUCCGCUGAAAGGCAUGCUGGGUGUCCUUGUGUAACAGCCUCUGUCGACGAUAUCCACUUCAAACACACCAUUCGUGUUGGGCAAGUGGUUAACAUUAAGGCCAAAGUCAACAGGGCUUUCAACUCAAGCAUGGAGGUGGGUAUACUGGUCACCUGUGAGGACCUCUACAGUGACGACCAAUGGAAAGUGUGCCAAGCCCAUGCCACUUUUGUCGCCAGGAGCUCAGGGGAAGGGAAGGUUCGGCUGAAGCAGCUGCACCCUCACACGCACAGAGAGCAGUUGGAGCACAGUUUAGCAGCGGAAAGACGGAGAAUGAGACUGAUCCACGACGACACCAUGAAGGAUCUGCUCAGUAACCAGACCUUCCAGAACGACACCGGCGAAGGACCUGAAAGCUCAAAUUUUCAGGAUGCAGUGCCAGCUGAAAGGACUAAAGUAGAGAGUGUGGAGCUGGUUCUGCCCCCUCAUGCCAAUCACCAGGUCAACACAUUUGGGGGUCAGAUCAUGGCAUGGAUGGAGAAUGUGGCCACUAUUGCUGCCAGUCGCCUUUGUAACGCCCACCCCACUUUGAGGACCAUAGACAUGUUUCACUUCAGAGGCCCAUCGCACAUCGGAGAUCGCCUGAUUCUCAAAGCCAUCGUUAAUAAUACUUUCAAGAACAGUAUGGAGGUUGGCGUACGUGCAGAGGCCUAUCAGGGAGACGAGCCAGUGCGACAUGUUAACAGUGCCUUUAUGGUCUAUGAGGUGUUAGAUGAGCAUGGCAGGCCGUGCACGUUGCCUCCUAUACGACCAGAACCUCUGGAGGGAGGUAGGAGAUACAAGGAAGCCAUUGCCAGAAGGAAGAUUCGACUGGACAGGAAAUACAUCAUCUCUUGCAAGCAAACUGAGGUGCCUUUAUCUGUUCCCUGGAACCCUAGUAACCAGGUGUAUCUUAACUACAAUAACAUCUUUGCCCUGAAGAUGCUGGCAGCCAGGCCCAAUUGGGUGCUCAACUCUGAGAAAAACAAUGUGAGCCUGUACACUUUGGAGGAGAACCAGUUCCUGUGUUUUAGGGUAGAGAAUGAGGUGGAGGUGCCAGCACACAGGGCCUUCCUUCUGCUCUCUGACCUCGGCCGCAGACAGGAGUGGGACCAACACUACACGCAUUGUGAGCUGAUAAAUAAGGUGGAUGAAGAUGACCUCAUUUACCGUGUGGUCACUCCCUCGAUCACAAAGGGAGGAAGGGAUCAGGACUUCAUACUGCUGGCCUCCAGGAGACCGCCCUGUAACAAAGGAGAUCCAUACGUUAUUGCACUACGCUCUGUCACCUUGCCUACCCACCCUCCUUCAGAGGAAUUCAAUAGGGGAGAGGUGGUCUGUGCGGGAUUCACCAUUUUCGAGGUGUCCAACACCGUCGCUAAAAUCUCCUACUAUAACCAGGCCACUCCAGAGGUGCUGCCUUACAUCUCCACUGACAUAGCAGGGCUUUCUUCCAGCUUCUAUUCCAUCUUCUGUUCCUGUAGCCAGUUCCUACUGAAGAACAGAGCUGUAACCCAUGACUCGGUGUCUACUUCACUUUAGCACUUGGAGUACCUUUAUCAAUUUGCAGGUGAUGGCCCGAGUGUCCAACACAUCUGAGUACCUGAGUCAGUCAGGUAAAAUGACUCAUGUUGAAGUGUCAUGUAAUGUUAACUCUACUCUGUGUCAGUAAUGCUGCUCAUGUAUGACUCUACUUGAUUCCUCUCAGAGGUAAUGAUGUGAUGAUGAUGAACAAACCUUUUUUGAGGCAUUCAACUCUUGUUGAAUAGAUUUAGUAUGUAAUACUCAAAAUAUGCUGUAGGUAUAGACUUAGUAUGUAGUAUUUUAAUAAAUGCAGGUUGCUAUUUCUUAAUAACCAAAUUUGGUUCUAUAAAUAUACAAGUCUAGUUUAUAUCUUGUAUGUUUGUUUAACUAAACUUUUUUUUUUAAUUAAUAUUGCAUUUUGUCAGGUCUUGAAAAGUACACUUUUAAUGUGCAUUUUGUGUAUUAAAAAUAUCAUCUAAUAUACAUUUGUACUCUAACAGUCCUAGUUAGACAUACAGUUUAAUGACUGUAGAUUAAUAUUUCUUAAUUUACUCUUAAAGGACAGUGAAAGGGAAACCAGGAAAUGAGUACUUAAGAGAGUUAUGUUCUAUUCAUUUGCUGAUACAUUUGCUGAUGUUCUAUUCAUUUGCUGAUAGUUUUCGUGUUUUGUCAGGUGAGAACACAAGGCUAGAUAAUUAAAGAGAAACAACAGAGAAUUUCAUAGUGAAAAGGUACUUUCUUAGUGUAUACCAAUACAUGUUUUUUUUUACCUGAUUUUAUAAAAAAAAUCUAAAAAAUAAAAUAAAUGAAAAAUACAGAAGAGCUAUACAAAUUGCUUGCUUCUUUUAUUACUCUGAACAAACUUGAAAUUUUAAAUAAGAAUG